CUGUGUGUGUUUUUCCAUUCGUCUAACAAGUGAGGAAAGGUUUAUUAAUUGGAUUUUCUCUGAAAUCCUUUUUUCAACCUUUCAAAAACCUUUCUUCAAAAGUGAAUUUCAAAAAAUAUAAUAACCGCAUAAAUUAAAGUUCGAAAUCAUUAAAAUUGAUGCAUCUAAAAGUAUGCAAUCAAUAGAUAAGUCGAACAUAUGUUGUGGAAAAAAUAGCUUUGCAUAACGUGUAGGCGGUCAAAGUACAAAGUCAAGGAAACCAACGAGAAAAACGAGUACAACGAGUGGUUUUUCAAUUAUUGAAGUGUUCUUAUUCUUGUUUUUCGUCUUCCAUAAAUCGAAAAGGAAAAUAAAAGAGAACUCAAAACACCAUCUGGAAUAUUAACGAACAAAAGACAAAUAAUCUGAAAAACAAUACGAACAAAAAGUUUAAUAAAAUAUUAAUUAGUAUAUCAACAAAUGCCGGGCACACGUCGCAUUAUACUCGGACAUGUCAUGUCCGGGUUGUGCUCGAAAAUGAAUCGCACUAAACCAGUUCCAGCUGAUGUCAUGGAGACUCCACUAAAUCGAUGUUUGAAUACAUUCGAUAUAACUUUAUUGGGAAUUGGUCACAUGGUGGGUGCGGGAAUCUAUGUCCUAACAGGCACUGUUGCCAAGGAUAUGGCUGGCCCUGGUAUCAUUUUGUCCUUCAUCUUGGCUGGAUUUGUGUCCAUGUUGUCUGCCCUUUGCUAUGCUGAAUUUGGAACUCGAAUACCAAAGGCUGGCUCGGCUUAUGUCUAUACUUACGUGUCCAUUGGUGAAUUCUGGGCUUUUGUCAUUGGAUGGAAUAUUUUGCUGGAACACAUGUUGGGAGCUGCAUCCGUUGCUCGUGCUUGGAGUGGCUACGUUGACUCAAUGCUCGACGGUUGGAUUGCAAACACCACUGUUUCGGUCACGGGAGAACUUCACGAACAGCUCUUUGCAAAGCAUCCUGAUAUCAUGGCAUUCUCGGUUUGUUUGGUCUAUGCCGCAGCCUUGGGUAUGGGCGUCAAGGCCACUGCAGUCUUCAAUGGAGCACUAACUGUAGUGAAUAUUUUGGUAAUGUUGCUGGUUAUUGGUGUGGGAUUUUGGUACGCCAAUCCCAAGAAUUGGUCUGAAGCUGAGGGUGGAUUUUUGCCAUACGGAUUUGGAGGGGUUGUUGCUGGGGCAGCGACUUGUUUUUAUGCUUUUGUUGGUUUCGACAGUAUUGCCACAUCGAGUGAGGAGGCCAAGAACCCAACAUCGUCCAUUCCCAUCGCUACUAUUCUAUCACUGUGUGCCGUGAGUGUAGGGUACAUUUUGGUGAGUGCAGCUCUCACUCUGAUGAUUCCCAUCAGGGACAUUAAUCCAGCUGCUUCUCUGCCCGAAGCUUUUGGUUCGAUGAAUCUUCCUUGGGCUAAGUACCUUAUAUCUAUUGGUGCGAUUUGUGGAAUGACAACCACAUUGCUUGGAUCACUCUUCGCUCUGCCUAGAUGUAUGUACGCCAUGGCAUCCGAUGGACUCCUGUUCUCCUGCUUCGGCAAGAUCAAUGCCAGGACUCAGGUUCCAGUUCUGAAUUUAAUAGUGUCGGGGGUAUUGAGUGCCAUCUUGGCCUUGCUCUUCGAUCUGGAAAAGUUGGUCGAAUUCAUGUCUAUUGGAACUUUGUUGGCUUAUACGAUUGUAAGUGCUAGUGUGAUCAUUCUUCGAUAUCGACCCCUUCCUUUGGAGGAAAGUGCAGUCUACGCACCUGACACUCCCGAUGAGGACGAAGAUAAUUCUUCCCAAUCAAGCAUCGACACUGCAUCCCCUACCAGUGAUUUGAUAGAAGUUGCUCUAGCUGGUCGAUUGAAGACUCAAUUCCGCUGGCUUGACCCAAUUCUAGGCCGUUUCGAACCUGGUGCAGCUGUCUCUGCCUCGGUUCUUCUCUUCACAGUUCUUAGCUUUGCCAUUUGUUUCCAAUUGGAGGUUUCAUGGUCGGAAUUGUAUUCAGGCACUUGGUGGGCACUGAUUCUGUACGGUUUCUUGAUUUUCUUUGCCGGAGCUUGUGUGGCGGUGAUUGCAGUUCAUCAUCAAAAUACCAGAGGUUUGAACUUCAAAGUACCCCUGGUGCCUUAUGUACCGACUCUGAGCAUAUUCUGCAACGUGGUUCUAAUGGUCCACCUCAGUGCAUUAACCUGGCUGCGAUUCUUCAUUUGGGUGUCCAUUGGAAUGUUAGUUUAUUUCCUCUACGGAAUCCAUCACAGCAAAGAGGGUGAAGCUUGUUCGACUUACUCCAUGCUGAUGACGUCUUCAGAGGCAGCCAAGAGUCAUUGGGGCGCCACUGGCGGACGCAUGAUGGGAGGUGGUGGAAAGAAGUCGGUGUUCCAUCGAUUGAUCGGAGCCAAAAAGGUCGAUGACAAGAAACCCAUCGUCGAGGAAGACGAAGAGGUGUCUUAAGUUGAUUGCUUACGUAAAGUUCAUAUCAUGUGGUAUUUAGUUUCUUUCUUUUGUGUAUCUGUCCGACAUUAAAAUUUUGUACAUGUGAGCUAGAGCUCUAUAUGAAGCCAUUGACCAAAACGAUGGACAUUUUUUCUUUACGUUUUGUUGUCGUAGUUUAAAGACCUCGAUCUCGACGAUCAUCUUUUCCUUAUUUGUUGUUUGCGGAGCUUACCUCAUUUUUGGAGUGUCUCACAUCCAUUCGGCUUAUUGUCUUGUUUGGCUUUGUUUCUGCGAUUUUGUUAUGUGUGCUCAGUUGGGGCGAGAUCCGAAUCCGAAAGAACAAUGGGAUCCUGAAACUUGCUCGAUCGUGUCAAGACUUGCUGCCUCUGAUCGUUGUAUAAAAUAAAUUGUUAUCAUUCAGUUGAGUGAGCAAUCGUGUGGAUUUUAUGGAAAAGGGGUACCAAGUGAAUGAGGCUACAUGAGUCUACCUAUAGAGCUUAUGAAUUGCAUGGCAUAGAUAAAGAAAAUAAAACUUUGUGAAAGAAAGUCAAACGUGUUGAGACUUGGAUGGGGUUUUAGUCAUUAAAAGUCACUGAGACGGAAGCCCUUGGUAGAGUGUCGAGACUCCCACAACAAGUUCUGAGAAGAUGAAUGACUUGAAAAACUUUGAAACUUAACUGGAAGUGGUUUUCUAGCAAAAAACAAAAAAAAAAAAAAAAACGGGGAUACCCCUGAGUAAACAUUUCAGUAACAAGGUUUUCUUUGCUAUUAAAUACUUUUGUAUUUUAUUUUUUCCAAGCACUUUAUUUAGGUAGAAGGUAUGAAAAGUUGGCGUGAGUAGUGCUUAUAGCGCUAAGCACAUGUAUCCACAGGCACACACAAUGAGCUUGCAGAAGUUGAAGAAGGUAAUAAAAUGAUUAAGCUUGAUCAGGUGGUGAUUAAACAAUUAUUAUUAUUGCUUAAGAGACCUUUGUGUUCUUAACUGUAUGUUUAAUCGUAUGGAAUUAAAGGUCAAGCUCUUUAACUUGACAAUCUGUCGAUGGAUUGAUGAUCUUGUACAAGUAAAUAAUAGUUAUUUAAUGGAAAUUUAAAAGGUUGAAACUGGUAUUAAAGAAUAUAAUAUCUAGACAGGAUUUCGAAAGACUUGCAAUCUUUUUAUAACUAGGAGAAUUUACUUAUGUUUUUUUAUUUUCACGUAAGUAAAAAAGAUUGGAAUUCAAAAAGGCUAUAGCUACGAAUACGUUUUGAUUGCUGAACUUGUGUUUGGGAUUACUUUCAAGAUCCCCGGACAGACUGUUAUGUUUUUAAAUGGCGAAUAUCCUCUUCUACAGGCCGGCUACGUUUUUCUCCUGGCAUUUAAAGUGCACUUUUUAAUGGUUUUUAUUACAAUCCGACUUCAAAAUCACUGAUAUCACGUCAGGUUUUGGAAAUAUUUUAAAUAAAAGACAUGUAAAAGCUUUUUGGAGGCUAUUUAAAUUCCGUAGUUUUUUUUUCAAUAAAAUUCGUAAUAGUUUUCCAAAUCUAUGAUCCCUAUUCAAUUUUUAUAUUUUUAGAUGAUGCACUUUUCGAAUUUAUUGGUCGCGAAAAAAAUUGUAGUUGAUACGAACUGUCAAACUUUAUUCGCGUUCCACAUUAUCCACACUCGCAACGAAUAAAAUAAUCGAUCGUCUUAACCUAAAAAAAUCAUUCUUGUUUUAGUCAAUUGUCAAAGUCAAACUUUAUUCGCGACGAUUUAAAAACUCUCAUGUGAAAGAAAUGUCAAAAUCGACGAAUAUUCGUUCAUUCAUUGGUCGUUGGUUGUGCUCAUGUGAAUAGUGCUUAAAGCAACUUUAUUUAAAGAUAAAAUAAUCUAAUUAAGAACGUGAUUGUUAAUAAAUACUUUGUGGCGAAACCGUUGUUUUCGAUCACUGCUCUAGACCUUCUAGACAUACUCUUCAUAAGAUUCGUGAUAAUAGCACUAGGGAUACUAUUCCAAGCCUCUUUGACUUGGGCAAAGAGGUCGUUUGGAAUUUUACGCUUUUCGUGUACAAUUCACCGAUCUACAAUCUUUCAUAGAUUCUUUAUGGAGUUGAGAUCAGGAGACUGUGCUGGCCAAUCCAUCACCUCGACUUAACGAUCACGAAACCAUUCCUUGACAACCUUGGUUAAUUGGAAGAGAAACACGUCGACAAUCGUCUGGCCCCUUAAAAUUAAAUUUGGAUUCGUCCGAAAAUAGUACUGUCUAUCAUUUGGCAACUCUCUAAUUUUAAUGCCUUUUAUUUUUGAGUGAAAUAAAAGGUUUUGCUUUUGGAUUUAAUAAAAUUAUAAACAACAUAAGGGGCUAAAAAAUUAUGAUUUCAUGGUAAAUACAACGUGCUUCAUAGAGGGACAUUCUUUGAAGCAAACUGUUGCUUUAGUUUUGGCCAACACUGUAUAUGUAUUUAAAAAGUGUCAAACCCUUGUAAGUAAUUAAAAAAAAGUAAGCAAUAAUGAUUAAUUUUUCCAGUGUAAUCAUCACACAAAAAUUAAUUUAAAUUGUACUUUCAUUAUUUUACGUUUUACGAGAUGAUACUACAAAAUAAUUCCCUGAAAUGCUAAGUUCUUUAAUGUGUUUUGUUUUGAACCAUUAUAUAAAUAAUGAAAUCAAUUAAAUUAACUUUAAAUAAUUAAAAGUGCUUUCCUCCAAGAAGAUGAAUAAACUAUUUAUAUUUUUCAAUUCCAUGUAAAAAUGGAAAGUUCAUAUUUUCAAUUACAAUUGCAAGUAAUUAAAAUUUAAAUGUCAACAAGAAUUACUUGUAAUUGUAAUGAGAUAAAAGUCAAUUACUAAUUACUUGUAAUUGAAAUGAAAGCCGAAAUUACUUAGAAAAAGUAUUAUGAUCAUUAUUUCCCAACUCUAGUCUGUGUCUAUGAGACCGGAUUUUUUUUUUUAGAUCAAAAACUUUCUUCUUCAUCGUAACUUUUGAUCGAAGUCGUAAAAGGCUAUUAAAAAAAUACUGUUAAAAAGAGCCAUUUUUAAAAUUUGACGAGAUAUUUAUGGUUGAAUCACAAAGAGGCUUCGUCUACGUUACGUUAGGCCUCCUUCGAGGUAGCUUUAAAUGACAUUUGUAUUAUAACAUCCCUCCAAAGAGCAAAUAUCUUGUUUGUUGACAUUUUUUUUACAGCAGUUGACCUGUCAGACAAAGCAAAUGUUCAGCAAAUUUGAAUUAGAGCUUCUGUUUGGAGUCACAUUACGUAACAUUACGUUAUUUCCUCACGAUUUUCAAAUGAAGCGUGAGGUUGAAGCUUCAUUGUGAUAGCAUGCAUUGAAUCCCUAUGGUUGAACUCGUAAACGUCAGGCGAAGCCGAAGCUGAAGUGUAUGUGUUUCAGCCAUUAAAACCAAAGGUACGAUUCGAAAUAAGCCCUAAAAAUUAACUCCAAUUAAGUUUUCAAAACCUCGAGAGCGUUCAAUUCAAAGUUUCUUAAAACUUUAUAUAAAGUCAAAUGGAGCCUCAUAACUAAUGAGCAUUUACCCUUAACUUAAAAAAAAUAGAAAAAAAUUUUAAUUGUCUUCCUACAAUGUUAAGAACUAUGUCGGUUUUAACUUAGCCUUUAAAAGACCAUUUUUUGUUGUGUUUGAAGCAGGGCCAGAUUUAGGGGUCCAGAGGCCUCGGGGCAAUAAAGGAGUGGAGGCCCCAACGCCCAAAUUUCAAUUUUAAAAAUAAAGUAAACCAUUUUUUUUACUCUAGUUUUUCAAGGAAUAAUUUAUUUUGAAACCAACUCGAUUCCUUUAGUAUUGAACAAAAAUAUAUAAAUUUAAACGGAAAAAAGAAUUAUCUGAAAUUACAUUUUAGGGUUAACGAAAGGAACCUUUCAAGCUUUUUUCGCCGAAAAAUCGUUGAUGAUUUCGUUGAAAUCCAGUUCUCGAAGUAAAUCGCUUUCAAUGCUCAGGAGAGAAAGCUACGAUAGACGGUUUUGUCCCCUCGUGGUUCAAAGCCUAUUUUUUAUAAUUUUCAUUUUUGAAAAGGAACCAAAUACAUUCUCUAUGCAAUUUUGAGGUUUGGGUUCUGAAAUUUUGAUUUUCGAGAAUUUGGUAGUAAAAUAGCUCCGGUGAUUGAUAUGUUCCAUAGCCCUUUUCCUUUUUGUAUGAGUCAAUCAAAGACACAAAUUGAAGCAACUCAUUACCAAGAGACUAGGGUCUAAAUCAUCCGGAUACCCUUUCACCAAUGCCUCUGUUGCAGCGUGCAAAUUUUCAGCAUCCAUCUUCUCGAUGUGAUUCAGGAAUCCAAAUCUCGAACGUUCAGCUUCGUGGCAUGUAAUUUUUCAGUAAGAGAAACGGAAAAAAAGGAGAAGUGAUUGACCACUGGGAUGAAGGCGGAUACUUUGUAUUUUCCCUUGAGUGACAAAUUUGCGUCUUGUGCUUUCCCGUAAUCGAGCGGUUUCAUCCUCACAUUUCUCGUUUUGGUGCGGGUGCUUGAUUGUACGGAUUCAUUAGUAUGGGAUUUUUUUGGCUUGUUCUUCAUAUUUAUCAAAAUCAUUUCGUUUGGAUUUCACGAAUGAUUUCAAUGCUUCUAGUGCACGCAUUGCCGAUUCAAGAAUAAUUUUCGGGCCUUGCAACAUCCUGUUUGUAGCGUUGGAUCGCUCCAAGAUAUCGUUCCAAAAUAUUGCAAACAAAGCGUUUUAGGGGCCACUCAUCUCCUGUAGAAGGUGCGUUGGUUCAUUCCUCUCGAUGUUUUUUUGCUCUUUAUUGGAAGAUGUGCUGGUUAGAGCUUCUUUGAUUUCUGAAUAGCCGUUGACUUAGGGUUUCGUAGCUUCCGCUCGACAACGCCGACUCAAGAUGGGUACUGAAUUGGAAGUGCUUCUUAUCAGCGCCGGGGCUUCUGCCCCGGUUGCCCUGCCCUCAAUCCGGCCCUGGUUUAAAGACGCAUAUUUUAAAAACCUAGUGUGAUUGAAAAAUUAAAAGGUGAAAUUUGAAUGCAGGACACCAUAAUCCUUUUAAAAGGUAUUGUUUUAUUUGUGGGACAGCAAACCGACCAGAGGAAUUUAGAUUUUAGAACCACAUUUUAAAAGAAACAAGAGUCAUUUUGUGCGGGCUAAUUUUGAGUAUUAAAAAGAUUGGAAAAAAAUUAUAACCAAACACAAGUUUAGUAAAUGACGAUUUUUUUUACUAAAACUAAAACUUCUUGGCAUACCAAUAUUAUUAAGUUUGUUUUUCUCUGAUGAAAUGUUAAAUUCGAUAGAAUUUUGGAACUUUCAUUGAUCCUUCAACGAAUGUCGAAACAAUUCUCUAUUGAAGUUAU